UCUUUUUUUUUUGCCCGUUAGGGCACGCACUCUCGCGUCGGGCCCCCGUCGCCUUCCCGUUUCUCCUGCUCUGCUUCCUCCUUCUUGCCUGGGUUUCCCUCAAGUUCUACCAUUGCCACCACCAGCAGCAAGACUUUGACGACCCACAACGCCAGCAGUACCAAGAAGGGCGGGUCUACCGGAGCCCGGACGAGCUCGCCAACCUCAAGAGAUACGACCCCUCGCCAUCUUCGAAACAUUUCACGGACGAUCGCGGGCGGCUGCUCAACCCCAUCGCUUCCGCACAGCGAGCAGGGCUUUCAGGUUGCUGAAGUUGGUAAAUUUCUAUAAAAUGUUGGGACAGUGCAAGAUUUGACAAGCUAUUAUAGAAAAUUGAUGCAACAGAAAACAAUGGGUCGAAAGAGUGGAGGUUUAUACAUUAAUCCAAAGAAAUUUGCAGCGGCCCAAAAACCUUGCAUGAAAGAGACGCUAGCAUUCUUGAACUGCUUGGCCCUUAAUCAGAACAAUGAUGAUAAAUGUGUGCGGCAGAAGGAACUUUUGCAGACAUGCAUGGAUGCUCAGAGUGGUAAAAACAGUAAGCGGUCAUGGGGAAGUAUCAACUACCAUCUACAGCGGCUUGGUAAACAACAACUGGAGCUUGGACUUCGGUGGUGGACUUGGUUCAAAAGAGUCGGCAGUGUAAACCUGAAUGGCCCAAACUUAGGAUGUAACAGAUUAGGUGAUCUGGUAGAUGACUUUGUGUGACUCCGCCAUCAUCACUGAGUGCGUGGCAGCAAUUCCAGCAACCUUUCAGUAUUUCCUUUGGUCGCGAUUAACUAAUAAGGUUUUUGCUAAAAGCCGUAUGUUUGUUGCUGUUUAAGAGUCGACGAUGAUGGAAAAUUGCGGCCUACACAAUAGGAAUGUGCAACGAAAACGAAUCCAUUGUAUUUUUCAGGUUGAAUUAUCAUAUUUGAAAUAAAAUGAUUUGUGGUUAUUUCAGAA